GGGAUGGAAGGAAUGACAGGAAUAUAUAAGCCCUCGUUUCUGAUCUGUCAGUCACAAGGUGUGAACACACGGACAAAGCCACACUCCUGACCUACUGAGUCGUGAACCCGUCGUCCAUCAACCACCACAAUGAAGGUGUUAAUGGUUAUCUUCCUGACGGCUGUAGUGAUGCUGGCAUUUGCCCAACACUACAGUGCUGAACAUGGAGGUCACAGUGGUGAACAUGGAGGUCCCAGUGGUGCACGCGAAGAAAGCGCGUGCCUUUAUAAGGUUUGUGGCAACAGCACAACCUGUGUGAAAUGCGUCAGAGCCCUGAGACUGACACAUAGAGUCAUGAAGAGCUGCCUAGGCUCCGACUGCACCAACGUAGCGACUGUGAGCACCUGCAUCACCACAGCUAAGAACAACACAUGUUUCACCACUACUGGCUGAGUUGAAUGCCUCAACUACGUCCAGUCUGUCCUGCUGACGAACCGGAUCACUAUCACUGAUGACGACUGACUUCGACAUUGUCUUUUGGCAACCAUAUUGGCUCUCUAUUUGUUGGCAACCAUAUUGGCUCACCAUCUGUUGGGAUGCAGCCUGGUUUAUAAUCUGUUGGCAUGCAAGCUGCAAGUUGGUUCAGGCUGUUGGUAUGCAGCCUGAACCAACGUCUCAUGCAACAAAACCCACCAUCAGCCAACAAAACUCCUAUCCACUACUUGCUGGCGUGUAACUCUCUCUCACCACGUUAUCAAACACAUAAAUGGCACAAAACAGAUGAAAGAUAUAGUUAAAGAUAGAAGGAAUGUCAACAAAUAAAAUAAAUACAAAUAUCCCCCUAGCAGCACAAGCGUUCAAAAGCAGCACGCAAUUCUUUCCUCAAUUGGCAGUCAUUUAAUGUAUCAUCUCCGCUCCAGCCCAUCGGCAGGAAGAUAUCUUUAUCUAUACUCUAUUAAUGUUUUGUCAUUACUUUGUCAUUUACAGCUUUAUUUGUCAUUUACAACUUUGUCAUUUACAGCUUUAAAAUAAAUUUGCUUGUAGUA